UCAAGCUGGGUGCUGGGGUCCGCGAGCCUUCCGAUUCUGGCCCUGUCCAGCGUUGCCCUCGCAAGAGGCAUGGCGGAAGCGGUGACGGUUCCGCAGCAAGACGGCCAGGGGACCAUGCAGGGGCAGGCGAACCUGACGGUGGCCAGGGAAGCACGGAAGCGGGCAGAGCUCGACGCCCAGCUCCUGGCAAAUCGCAUUGCCCUGCUGAAGCAAGAAGAGGAGAAGGCUUGGAAGAAGAUCGAGGAGACGAAGAAGAGGGCUGCGGAGAUCGUGGAUCUGCGGAAGCAGAACGAGCAGAAGUUCUCCGCCAAGGAGCAGUUCUACAAGCAGAAGUGGGAGUCCAUCCGCAACGCCCAGGCGCAGAAUGCGGAGCACCGGGAGAAGGCGAAGGCGGUACGGGAGCAGACCCGGCACGGGCUCAUGGAGCAAAAGCACGUCAACGCGCAGAGCACCAAGCAGCAGUCGCAGCAAAUGCUGCUCCAGAAAAAGGAUCGUGAAGCGGCUGAGAGGCAGGCGAACUUGGAGAGGUCUUCCUACCUGAAACAAAGGAAGGAUGAUGCCAAGCGCCGCUUGGAGGAGGAGCGUCUGGCGCAGCUCGAGAAGUACCGGGAGGACUACGAGGCCCGCACGGCGCAGGAGGAGAUGCUCCGCGCCCGCACCGACGCGCUUGUGGCGAAGAUGGAGAAAGAGGAGAUGGAGCUCAUUCAGAGGCUCCAGAACACGCAGACCGUGCAACGCAACGCCUACGAGGAGUUGGAGGCUGCCUUGGGCCAAACCAGCCAGCAGAUCUCCUCUUCUCGAGGGCCCCGGGAUCCAGUCGCUCCCGCUGCCUGAGCCGUCCGAAGUGCCGGCCAGAGAGGAACCGUACGAAGUGGGCAGUUGCCAAAGACGGUGUGCGGGCUGCUAUCGGCCUGCGCUCAGUUGUAGGAAGCUUCACUUCAGCCGUGGGCACGUGAUGA